AUGGCUAAAUGCACCAAGGUUGGGAUUGUCAGGAAAUACGGGACCCGCUAUAGUGCCUCCCUCUGGAAAAUGGUGAAGAAAAUUGAAAUCAGCCAGCACACCAAGUACACUUGCUCCUUCUGUGGCAAGACCAAGAUGAAGAGACGAGCCGUUGGCAUCUGGCACUGUGGUCCCUGCAUGAAAACACUGCCUGGUGGGGCCUGGACCUACAACACUACUUCUGCUGUCACAGUGGAGUCUGCCUUCAGACGACUCAAGGAACUGAAAGACCAAUAG